AUGACGACUUCGUUGGUCCUGCAUUCACGCUGGGCGGACACCUUGAUGUACAUGUAUGAAAAAAGCCCGAAUGAAAAUAAUCAGAGUAAAAGUCAAGGCAUGGAGGGACUGAGCGGGAACUGCCCAGCUGCCCAUUGCAGGGACCUCAUCUCACACCCAGCUUUGGGGCGGCAUUCUGGCAGCAUAGCGACGCACCAGGGUUCCGUGUACUCGGAUAUAUCAUCCCCGGACGCCGGUCGACAGUGCCCUGCUCCCCAGACAUCUUCAAGCGCUUCACUGGGCUACGGUUAUCCGUUUGGAAGCCCCUAUUACGGGUGCAGGUUGUCUCACUCGCACAACGUAAACUUGCAGCAGAAGCCCUGUUCUUACCACCCAGCAGAAAAAUACGCCGAGCCCAGCGGCGCGCUGCCCACAGAAGAACUCUCCAGCAGGGCGAAAGAGUUUGCCUUCUACCCCAGUUUCGCCAGUUCGUACCAGGCUGUCCCGGGUUAUCUAGACGUGUCGGUCGUACCAAGUAUUAGCGCGCACCCAGAACCACGGCACGACGCCUUGAUUCCAAUGGAAGGCUACCAGCACUGGGCUCUUUCUAAUGGCUGGGAUGGGCAGGUGUACUGCUCGAAGGAGCAAACGCAGUCGACUCAUCUCUGGAAGUCGCCGUUCCCAGACGUAGUUCCUCUGCAGCCUGAGGUGAGCAGCUACCGCCGCGGCCGGAAAAAGCGAGUGCCGUACACCAAGGUCCAGCUGAAGGAGCUGGAGAAAGAGUACGCUGCCAGCAAGUUCAUCACCAAAGACAAGCGAAGGCGCAUCUCCGCCGGCACCAACCUCUCAGAGCGCCAGGUCACCAUCUGGUUCCAGAACCGGCGCGUAAAGGAGAAGAAAUUCGUCAGCAAAUCCAAGAGCAGUGCCCAUAUGCACACCACCUGAUACCUUCAAAUCCCGCUCUCCUCUCCGCUCAGAUCGCUCUGAUAAAACUCUGUAUUUAUACCCUAUCCAAAUCACAUAUGGAGAACAUUUCACCACAAUAUCAUUUUACUCAGACUUGCUUUUUUAUUUUAAGAUUUUAA